GUAACACUCUGACGUAAUGACGUUCCUUGGAGAUUCCGUCAAACUUGAACGCAAAACUUUCAGCUGUGUUUUGUUUGAGGAAGUGAAACUUCCAUAAAAGGAACACAAAACGACAAUAUUUUGACUCAGCGACACAGCCGGCAGAAUGGCUGGAGAACCUGUUAAGAAGACUGAACUUGGACCUGAAGAUGAGGAAGAAGAACAGACGGGUGACAUUACAGACGCCAAACCUGACCGCAAGGGGAGGUUUCUACUUUUUGGCAAGAAGAAUAAGGAUGGCCAGACGCGGGAGCAGGACUACUCUUCUGAAAGCCAUUACAGAAUUGUCUCACCAACAUUCCAGUAUAAGAUGAGCCACCGGCGAGUGGGCAAGUGCAUCAUCAUCAACAACAAAAACUUUGAUGAAAAGACGGGGAUGAAUGUACGCAACGGGACGGACCGCGACGCCGGCGAGCUGUUCAAGUGCUUCAAAAGUUUGGGCUUUGACGUCUUCAUCUACAAUGAUCAGACCUGCGAGAAGAUGGAGCGUCUCCUCAGAGAGGCCUCGGAGGAAGACCACAGCGACAGCUCGUGCUUCGCCUGCAUCCUGCUAAGCCACGGCGAGGAGGGCAUGAUCUACGGCACCGACGGAGCCAUGCCCAUCAAGACCAUGACGUCUCUGUUCAGGGGGGACAUGUGCAAGAGCUUGGUGGGGAAGCCCAAACUCUUCUUCAUCCAGGCUUGUCGGGGUUCUGAGUUUGAUGACGGCAUACAGACUGAUUCGGGUCCGCCGAAUGAUACCAUGGAAACAGACGCCAACCCGAGACAUAAGAUCCCUGUCGAGGCUGACUUCCUCUUCGCCUACUCCACGGUGCCAGGCUACUACUCGUGGAGGAACCCCGGCCGCGGCUCCUGGUUCGUGCAGGCGCUGUGCAACGUCCUCAACGAGUUCGGCAAGCAGCUGGAGAUCAUGCAGAUCCUGACGCGCGUCAACUACAUGGUGGCCACCAGCUUCGAGUCGUGGUCGGAAGACCCGCGCUUCAGCGAGAAGAAGCAGAUCCCCUGCGUGGUCUCCAUGCUGACCAAAGAGCUGUACUUCAACUGACCAGCGCCUUGUUGUUUUGCAGGGGACUGAGGGCCCAGUCCAAAGAAGCAUUCAGGGAUAACAACCCGGCCUUGUAAUCGGGCCUGGAAAUGAGCACUUCAUGUGUUGACGAGGAAACCUCUUCAUCCUCCUCCUCUUCUUCAGGCUCUAUUCUUCACAGCGAUGGCGUCACAUUUGAUCGGAGCUUUUGUCGGCAGGCAUUGUGAGAUAUCGAUGUUCUUCUACCAUCAUUUUUUAUUUCCUGCAGAUGUGCUGCCACUUUGUGUGUGGAGCUCUUGUCCAAACACUAUUCUGCCCCUUUCUACUGACUCACUCACUCAGCUGCAGGCCUCACAGUGACAACCACUUUAUAUAUCCUUUUCCUGCACCUCUUCUUUUUUUUUACCGGUUAUAUUUAAUUUUGCAAGAGGCUCUGUCUUUGAUGAGCCUCGGGUUUAAAAGCAUCGUGCUGGCAAAUUCUCAGGUUCAUUCAUGUAAGUGUAGCGUUUCAAUCAUUUCCUUACAAUGUACGUCACGGCCAGAAGGAAAGAGUCCGCUUUUGCUAUGUCGAAAGCACAAUAUUCAAAUGACCUCAAUACCUUGCCGAUUUAAAACUGAUAACAAAGCAGUAUACCGUAGUGACCCCAAUAUACGACAUUUAAAUGAAAUAUGACGAGUUAAAUAUGAUUUUACCGAUAUUAAAACAUGAUUACAAAUAUUCUUAAUUGAAAAAAGCCAUCUUUUUAUAUUCAGGGUUGUCUUAUAUUUGUGUCAAUACGAAUUAUAUACUGUAUUUGAGUAAUUUUGUUAUUUCAUGACAAUAAAUAUAUAUAUAUAUAUAUAUAGACACAAUAUAUAUAUUUGAUAAAGACAAAGUACCUCACUUUUUUUUUUUUUAAAGACAUUUUACAUUUUCUAAUGCCUAAACUAGCUGAUUCCCAUUCUAUCAUAUCUUGCAAUGCCACUCCCUGCCUGUAGAGGCAACAGUGUUUCAAUGAGGUAAAGGAACCAGCAGGAGCCGUGCAAUGUUUGUUUUACAGCUUUUAAGUAACUAUUUAUCCAGAAUAGCAAAUUUUAUUGUACCCUAUAUGGCUAUGCUAUAUGAAUAAUGAAAAUAAAUAAAGUUUUCCCUGUGCAGCUAAUGCUUAAAACGUUCUUACCAUUGACUUCUGCUGAAACACUGCCCCCUGUGGGUCUGCAGGCUAAACUAAUUCUAGCCUGUUUAAAUUUGAAAUAAAUUGGAACUUUAGGAAUAUACUAAAUCACAGGUUUAACAGCGAGAAAGUGUAAAAUAGCCACAACAUAGCAAAAGAAAGACACUUGCUUCAACGCCGUGACAGUUUUUAUUUUUAUUUUGCCAUGACAGUUUGUUUAUGUCACAUCACAGAGGCAGCUAUGACUGAUGAUGACAACAUGUACACAACCAUUCACACACUUUUCCAGCCUAAAGUGCUGAUGAUCCAUCUCAGCAAUGACAACAAAUGUGUCGAUCCCUCUCGGCACAUGGAUCUCUGAUCUAGUGACGUACAGAAAGAAAAGGGAGCUUCUAUUUUUUUGGAAUGGGUAUUUAUUUUUUAGAGGGUUCUAUUUUAAAAUGCUUUAUUGUGUUAAAUGCUGUUGUCCUCACAGAUAGUUUUAAAAGAAAUGCAUGACCCUGUAAUUUAAUAUGAACCAAUGUUUAAAUUUGAAAGAUAUGGGGGGGACAAAAGAGAAGAAUGCUUACGUUAACACUUUCUUGUAUUAAACAUGAAUUUAUUGUGUUGCCA